CGGUUAUUGGCAGGGAGAGUGUUUCUUUUUAGAUCUCCCUUUUGGACCUCACGGUGAAAGACUCUAACGCCAGGAUCAGUGGAUGAGAUGCAAGCUUACGGCCCUAUUUAGUCUUGAACCCGUCUCGUCGCUCAGGCGCGGCGAGGGCAGUCCGCGUGGGGGUCCUCGUAGUCCACCAAGAUGGCUGCCCCCAUGCUGAAGGCCCUGCGGUCCCGGCCCAGCCUGGCCCCGGGAAUCACCUGCGCGGUCUGGCGUGUUCCAGGGCUAGCACAGGUGCGAUGGAGCCGCUAUGGUCCUGAAUUCAGGGAUCCUCUAGUUGAUAAAGAACAUUACCAGAAGCCUGAGACCGCGCUCACCAAGGAGGAGAAAUAUGACCAGGAGCUCAAGAAGGCUCAGCUCAUCAAAGCAGCCCCAGCGACGACAACGUGCUCUGUGUUCGCAGACCCAGUAAUCAGUAAAUUCACCAACAUGAUGAUGAAAGGAGGAAAUAAAAUACUGGCCAGAUCCCUCGUGACCCAGACUCUGGAAGCUGUGAAAAGGAAGCAGUUUGAGAAGUACCGUGCUGCUUCUACAGAGGAACAGGCAACCAUCGAAUGCAACCCCUACAUCAUCUUCCACCAAGCACUGAAAAACUGUGAGCCUGUCAUUGGCCUUGUACCCAUCCUUAAAGGUGGCCAUUUCUACCAGGUCCCUGUGCCCCUACCUGACCAACGUCGCCGCUUCCUGGCCAUGAAGUGGAUGAUCACUGAGUGCCGAAAUAAUAAGCACCGGCGGACAUUGAUGCCAGAGAAGUUGUCACAUGAGCUGCUGCAGGCUUUUCACAAUCAGGGCCCCGUGAUCAAGAGGAAGCAGGACAUGCACAAGAUGGCUGAGGCCAACCGUGCCCUGGCCCAUUACCGUUGGUGGUAGAGGGAAAGGAGAGGCUCUGGGAGGAGCCCAAGGCCCUCUGCCCUACUGAAAAGUACCUGAGUAUUAAGGAUGUAGUUCUAGCUGGGCAUGGUAGUGCAUGCCUAUAAUCCUAGUACUCGGAAGGCUGAGGCCUUGGUGUUUGAGGCCUAUCUGGACUACAAAGUAAACUCAAGGACAGCCUGAACUACACAGGAGACCUUGUCUCAAAACAGAACACAACAAAAGUAAUGACAAGC